CUUUCCUCGAGCAGCUCAAGCAGCAACAGCAGAGACUUACCGAGAUCUUAGAGACCAUGGCCGCAGUAUCGAUGCACGGCUCAGAGAACGCCUUUGGAGGCAUAGACAGCGGCAUGAACCGUCGUUUAUCACCCGCCUUCCGCACUUUGGCCUCGCCUCUGCGUCAGCGGCACUUUGACCUCGAGAAGCUACGCGAAUUGGCACGCAGCGACGAGUUCUCAGACAGCGAGAGCGACGGCGUCAGUGACGAUGAGGACGAGGACGAGGACGUAGCCGAUACCAUGUUCGUGCCCUACCGCCGUCCUUCGCCCAAGCGGAAGACGGUGGUGGCGCAACGUCGCAUGAAACAGAAGAAGAAAAGCGACGACGACAAGGCCGGCAGCAGCCCCAAGGGCGACGAGUGGGAGAUCGUCGACAAGUCGCCGACGUUCGAGAGUGUUGCCGAGGGCAAGACGGAGCUGGGAGGUGAGAGUUGGUUCGUGCAGGAUCUCGCGCAGUAGGACGGUGAGAUAGGGCGCGUGGACGACAGACAGUCUGUCGUCUCUUGGGUAAAUUAACUUCUUCAUUUGCGUAUUU